AUGAUAUCAGAAAGGGGCGACGUGACCGGCGAGCUAUCCAAGCGAUACGAGACUUACACCAACUAUGCUUUGUCCAUGAUCAGCAGUCGCGGAGUUCGCUUUCGCCUGGCGGAUGGCUCAUGGGGUCGGCCGAGCCCGCUAUUCAGCAAGCUCAUCCAAAAGUUCACUGUCAUCAAGAAGAAAGACUUCUUCGACGUGUCUGCAAACUACGAGUACACUGUCGACUUUGCUAUCCUCUCUGGCGUUUCUGCAUCCUUCCAGUCCACGUCACUCGUUCACAAGAGCGAGCAAGUCUCUCACAUCAUUCUCGACUGGGCCACUCGCAUUCAGUUCAGUGGAGCAGCUGGACAGGAGCGAGAUGCGAUGAGUCCGUUCGAACAGUGCUGUACGGUUGUGUACAAUUACGACAUUCCGGUUUCAUUCGAUGGCAAGCAGAUGUGGAUCCUCUCCUCACCCUACAAGCCAAAGGUGUCAGUCGAUUUGGUGUGCGGACGCGACCAUGCUCUUGCCUUUCCCUUCACGGCGCAGUGCGAGGACUUCGUGAAAGAUUACGAGAGCAAAUUCGCAUACACAGACAUCUUGAUCGAUCAUCAUGUCAUCAAGAACGUGGAGAGUGCGAGCAAGGAAUCCCUCAUCGCCAUGUCGAUCACGGCGCCCAUUACAGUCGUCUCUCAAGGCUCGGCCCGAAUGGGUCUAUCGACGCAGACGUUCAACGAUAGAGUACCGUCGGCGCGCUUGGACAAGUCGCUCUCGUCGACAUCGAGCUGUCCUUUCCAGCUCGAGGUCAUCCUCGAUCCAAGCCGACGAGGAGGCUAUGUGUACUAUGCGGGAGAGGAUAUCACCGGGGUGAUCGAAAUCUCGCGAAAGCCUGGAAUGAGCAGCGGGGGAGGCAGCAACGAAUUACCCCGCGCCAGGAUUGAUCUGCACCAGGCUUGGGAGAGCCGGUGCUUGUUCCAUCAGUACGCACUCGCAGAAGGGAAGCAACGAUUUGUUGGCACACGGAGUAUCAACGUCGUGCCGCGUCACGAAUGGCAUCGAUCCAUUUCACGCUCUGUGCUACACGAAGGACCGAUCACCUUGCUCGCUCAGAACGAUCCUGACGAUCAGAGGCAGCAAGUGCCUUUCCAUGUAACGCUACCGCAUCGGAUAAGUAGCGAUCAGUGUAAUGCCAAUAGCGCUUCCUUUCCAGUCGACCGCGUCAAACUACGCGCGACCAGACGGAGCCCGCCACCGACGAUGAUGAGCGAUCAGGCCAUCGUGGAAGCCUACCUAGAAGCCGUCUUGCUCCUCGACACGUCUCACACUGACAUCGAGAUCAGCUCAAAGGAUGCCAUGGACCUCGAGACGGGCUGGAUCAAGCCAAGUCAAAACCGACUUGUCACUCGAAAGCUGUUCAAGACGAUGACGAGCGACGACUAUGUCGAUGACUACGAGGUCGAGGGGAUCCCGACGUUCGUGAGAGACGCUACGGCAGACAAGUACGUGCCCGACGGACUGCAGAUCGUCGCUUCCAGGUCGGUGCGUGAGAGGCUACGGACGCAGGGCAACUGGCAAGUCUUCAAGCACCGCUCGGAAAUCAAGAGCUCAAAGAUCUACCGCGACAUUGGUGCUCUCACCAGUACGGUGGCUAUUCCGAGUGGGCUCAAACUCGACCGAGGCACCCUGACGAUCCCCAUACAUAUUCUACUGGCAUACCAAGGCCAAGCGCGCAAAGUCAAGCCGAUGCAAGUGCAGAGCGCUGUCGUCAGGCUACUCUGUCGGACGAACAGUCGUGGGGGAGCAGAUACAAAGCCGACACAGACGAUCGAUACCAUCAAGGAGCAAGCUUUCCUGCUCAGCACAUCCCUCAUGCCAGGCGCAGCAACGCAUCACGAGAUCAGUAUCGAUCUAGGUGUCCCUCUCGAAGAGCGGCAGCCGGACACGACGCCGAGCUUACUCGCAAAACAGACGCCUACUUUUCGAAUGCCGAACAUCGAAAGAGAUUAUUUAUUGACCGUCUCUGUGAGAUGCGAGUAUCACACUCAUCAAGCGCUUCGGAGACCUAUACAGCUCCUCGCAGGUGCGAUCAACGAUCCGCCAACUUUUGCAGAUUCUGUCGACUAUCAGCUCCCUUCAUCCUCACGGCUGGAAGAGCUGCCCUCAUACGAGGUGGUAUCUUAUGCCAACAUUGAACGUUAUUACGUUUCUAAUUUCUUUGUGAGGCCCGCUUGGCUCUCGUCGAGGGAUGUUGAUACACGACUCACCACGAGCGGUAGAGGUCGAGUCGGGGGCGUUUUGUUCGAGCACAGAGGAAUGAUGCGAAGCAGGGUUGAGCCUGCCUGA